CUCCUCUGUUGCCAACGUCCAUGGUCGGUGAGUCUUAAAGGUGUAUUUGGAACAUCUUCCGACACCAUCUGAGCUGAACAGGGCCCGCGCUUCCUCGGUCAUCUCAAACUACUUCCCUCGCCAACAUUCGCCUCUAAAACGGCAAUAGGCCCACUUAUCUGAGAUGUCUUCCGGAGAGAAACCGCUCAAUCCUCCCACCCAGGCAGGCGAGGCCGAAGCCGGCGACGGGAAAGGAGGAGGUCACGUCCAGGCGAACGCCGCCCGCAGUGUCGUCUGCGUCGUCACCAACGAGACCAACAUGGACCUCUCGCGCAACAGUGAGUCCCUGGCGCACGGCAUCUGGUCCACGAACAUGUACCCGCCGGAGAUCAUCCCGGCGGGGACGACCGCGCAGUUCGAGGCCGAAUCCCAAGGGUUCAUGACGGGUUGCGAAGGACAGGUUAACUAUGAAGUCGACGGGGCAACGACAGUGACGUUUUAUUUCGACAAUCCCUAUAUCGGCGACAACGGUUAUAAGACCUGGAUGGACGGCCCAGACUCGGACUCCUACAACACCCAGUACUCCGGAGGUAGUGGCAACAAUGCCACGGUGACCUACAGGAUCAAGCAGAACUGAGUGGCCCGUUCUUCAAGGGGAUAGUUGAUACUAGAUAGGAAGAACAGAUGGAGUAGUUCUUGCAUG